CGCCCGUCUCUGCGCAUAAUGAUUCAUCAACCACCGUUUGCUCCUGAGAACGACAUUUCGGGUCGGAUGAGUUCAUUUUCGGAGCUGGCUGUUUUGUCGUGGGCCCUUGGAUGCCCCCACCCCCACCUCUCUCAUCCCGCGUCUCGACGGAGCAAACGCUGCUGCAGCAGCAUCACCGGCUGCCUCCAAACUGCGUUUUCCCUGCCGCGAUGGAUCCCCGCGUAAACCGGUGAACUGCUGUCAGAAGACCGCUGUACUGUGGAGAGGACAGACGCGCGACGACCGCAAAGAACAUUUUGCCAUACAUCUAAGGGAUAAAAUAAUAAUAAAAAAAAGACAAUUAUAGCAUCGUCUUGUUUACCAGCCCCACAGAUAAACAGCCGGUUGACGGUAAUAUUACGGCAUGUAAGAGCUGGAUAACUAUUCCUGUGUGACCGACACCCAUCUGCAGAUGAUUACAGCACAAUGGGGGAAAAAAGGUUAAGCCCUUCAGGUCCGUAGACCUGUCGUGAUUGCAGACAUGUUUUAAAGACGAUACUUCAGUCACCAUGAAAGGGUUAGGAGCCAGUCGCAGUCGUCACCUCUCUGACUCUUGUGAACCAGCGGGAUGCCCUCAAAAGCCUCUGUGUCCUUUAACAUCUGACCCUCACAGCUCCUUUCUGUUGAGCCCUACCAUAAACCAUUAUGGCACUCUGGACCCCCAUCUCCAUCAGUGCUCUCCCACAAGCCCUACCUCCCUGACCCCUGACUGCCUGCUGCCUUUCAGCCAGAUGACCAAUAGCAGCACCUUCCCUCGUCUGCAUUUUACCCCCCAGACAGACCAGCUUGACUGUGGCCAGACCUGCAUGGCUGGUGGUGGAGCUGGGCAGGGCAGCAGGGCAGGUACACUGUCCACAUCCUUGUCUAUGGGUAUGGGCUUGGGUUUUGGACUGACAGGUGCCCCUAUGAUUACUAGUGGAUCAGCUACCAUCUCCUCUGCAGCUGCAGCCAAGAUGAACCGGUUACCCUCCAACCUUCUGGAUCAGCUUGAGAGGCACCUGCCCUUGCAGCGUGACGGUUUCAGUACGCUGCAGUUCCACAGAGGACGUAUGUCCAAGCAACGCAGUGAAAGUCCAGGACGCAUACGCCACCUUAUGCACUCUGUGCAGAAGUUAUUUGCUAAGUCCCAGUCUUUGGAAAACUCUGCAAUGAAGGGCAGCAUAAAUGGACGCUCUACUGGUGGAACAACGGGAGAGGGAGAAGAUGGCGGUAGACCAAGUCGCAGAAGCAAGAGUAAAGACAGGGCUAAGACUGAGGGGCCAAAACAGAGACCUAGACCUAAUACGAUAGGCCUCUGGAGCUCAGAUGAUGCCCUGGACUCUGACACUACCAAAGCAGGCACUAUUGCUGUAGGUUACCGCAACCCACUGACCAUGAUGACUCUUGGCAGAGCAGUGUCAGACAGCCAGGCACCCCUCAGACAUAUCCCACAGGGCUACAACACAAUUUCUACACAUUCUCUCAAGACCUCAAAAAGCAGCAGCGACCUCAAGUUUCUGGCAUGUCCAGCAAUGCAAGUGGGAUUCAAGGAAGAGGAGGCAAAAAACAGGGGAAGCAAGGAUGAUAUGGUGGUGAAGAGGGGCUCCUGGUCAACGCUCACCCUCAGCCAGGCCAGGCAAGUGUUGCAGAAGGGCUCUGCCACUGUCAACAGGACUCUGCUCAAAUCUAAGUCGUGCCAUCAAGACUUGACACAACAGUUCCUUCAGGUCCCCCUGGAGGACUGGACAGGGACUUUGGGUCGUGGACGGGCCAGGGGAACCGAGAUCCCUUGUCGAAGGAUGCGAAGUGGCAGCUAUGUGAAAGCUAUGGGAGACUUAGAAGACAGUGACGACUCAGAAGGAAGCCCCAAACCAUCGCCCAAAUCUGCAGCUCGUCGUCAAAGCUAUCUGAAGGCCACCCAGCAGUCUCUGAGCGAGCAGCAGCCGCCACCACCUCCACGCAAGCCUCGCUGUUACGCGCUCAUGCGGGAGGAUUUGUGGUCUCCUCUACAGAGUGCAUGCUCUAUGCAGCAUCUGAGCUCCCUGCCAUCCCUGAAAGAGCUGUCCACUAAUCGGAGCCUUGAUAACUUAGACUGCCUGGUGAACCCCCUGGAAGGCCCUCCACGUCAUAGGAAGAAUGAUUUCAGCCAAUGCUCUGGCACCCUGGGCAGAGGCUCGGGUACUCAGCGUGUGAGUCUACACACGUUCUUACAGGUAUGUGGACAGGGCUGUGGACAUGCUGUGCCCUACUGUGAAGGAGAAUCGCAGGCAGUGGAGGCUCUGGAUUUGCCUGCGCCAUCGUGCUUCCGCUCGCGCAGCCACAGCUACCUGCGGGCCAUCCAGGCCGGCUGUUCCCAGGAUGAAGACACAGCUUCUGUGGACUCAGAGUCACCACCACCCACCACUGCAGCCUACAGCUACUGCUCCAACACACUUGGCAAUAGAAAGGCUCCUCCUCCAGUUCCACCUCGCACCACCUCUAAGCCCCUCAUCUCAGUGACGUUGCAGAGCAGCACCGAGUCGGCCCAAGACACUUACCUUGACCAGCAGGACCGUGGGAGUGAGGCCAACAGCCAGUCAGGACGCAGCAACUCCUCUGACAGUCUCUGUAGCGUACGUACAGGCAGCCUGGCUAAGGGGACCCAGCCUUCACCCUCUGCACCUGCUGCAACCCCUGCACCUGCUGCAGGCUCUGGGACUCCUGUUCCAGCCCCUCGUGAGCUCCCUUCUAUCACCAUUGUCUCUACCACCACCACUUCCACAUCCACUCAGUCCCAAAAUGACCCCGUGAGCACUGGUAUCACCCUAGAGCAGCCCCCAACUGUACCCAAGAGGAAACUGUCCUCUAUUGGAAUUCAGGUGGAUUGUCUUCUUCCAGCUCCAAGAGAAGAACCAUUACUCCUAUCUACCCCUUUAAAGUUUCAGUCAGUUGGAGUUCAAGUUGAAAACGGCAGGCCUCUCAGUCGGGACAGCAGUAUGGCCUCCAGACAAAAUACAGUGACUGAGCCCCAGCCGCAGGAUGCCGCACCCACAGGCAACAACACAACCAAAUGCACCAACAGUCAGACAGUGAAUGUUCCUGCAACCAACGGACAGGACAAAACCAUGGAAAAGCAGCCCCUUAAACAUACUGCUUCAUCCAGGAUAUCCACAGAGACUCUGGACCCAGCUUUAGACCCUUCCUCCCUGCCACCACCAGAUCCCAGCCUUGAGUCUGGAAACCUCAGCACGCUGCAGGGAGACUCUGUUCAGCCCAGUACGCCAGCUUGCCUCAGAGACGGCAACUGGUUUCUGAAGCUGCUUCAGGCGGAAACGGGCCGCAUGGAGGGCUGGUGUCAACAGAUGGAGCAGGAGACCAAAGACAACAAGCUGUCAGAGGAGGUGUUGGGGACGAUCCGCAGUGCAGUAGGCAGUGCUCAGCUCCUCAUAUCACAGAAGUUUGAGCAAUUCAGAGGGCUCUGUAAUGAGAACUUGAACGUAAAUGCCAACCCACGACCAACUGCACAGGACCUUGCAGGGUUCUGGGAUCUGCUGCAACUUUCAAUAGAGGACAUCAGCAUGAAGUUUGAUGAGCUCUACCAGCUGAAAGCCAACAACUGGCAGCUUCCUGAGAAGCCAGAGAAGAAGGAUGAGAACAAGCAGCCUCCAUCGUCUGUGCCAAAGAAGCAGUCUAAGCCUCGGCUGUCGACAGGGAAGGACAGGAGUGUGGACUCAGCUGUGGACAAGCAGCGACAAGAAGCCAGAAAACGGUUGAUGGCAGCAAAGCGGGCGGCAUCAGUACGACAGAACUCAGCCACGGAAAGUGCUGACAGCAUCGAAAUCUACGUCCCAGAGGCCCAGACCCGCCUCUGAGAGCAAGCCAGCUCCAGUCAUCAUGAAAAUAAUGACUCGCAUCAGAUAUUCACUGACACAAACACAGAGGUCUGAGACAAACACAUACACACAAAAAAAAAUAAUAAUAAUAACGGAUGCACAGAGAUUGAUGCCUCUUAGCAGCACGGUUGACGACAGGAGACACAUUGGAUCACAGAGCACCAUAAUAAUCCAGAGUUACGCAGAUUGUCAACCUGCUGCCAUGGGACAGAAAUAAACUUCACAGAUGUUUAAUACUAUUGUUAUUAUUGAUAUUAUAAUUAUAAUUAUUAUUAUCUCCUAAAGUAUUUCAAGACUGUCUUAAUUGUGGAAGUAUCAUGGUUAAGGACAUCAUGGAUAAAGACUUCAUGUACCCUGUGAGCUGAAGAAUCUUGGCAUCCCAGAAGUUUACUCUCUAAAAAAAAAAAAAAAUCCCUUCACAGCUGAGUCUACCGGCAAAUUGUGGCUGCACAGGUUACUGGCUGAGCUACCAUCCACACACACUCAGGACACAAAUGCAGGUGUACUCAUGGUCCACAGAGUCUUCCUGUUCUCUCUUUGUAUCGGGCUGCCACUCGUUGUUUGUGGUGUGAACGCUUUACUGUGUAAGAAGUUUUAAGAUGGCGUUAAUGUACUCAGAGGUUUAAAGUUCAGAGAACCAGAGGAAGGCAGUAGCAUAUAUUAUAAAUAUCACACUAUAAUGAUGUUAAUUUUGUAAAUGUUGUAUACCAGAUUAACUGUUAGAAAGAGGUCAGUGUUCAGCACCAAGGUAGUUUUUUAUAGAUUGAGUACAUUUACUGUCAUGAUAUAUUAGCACUUGAUGCAAUCAUUCACGCUACCCUUUUCUCUCUUCUGCUCCUUCUCACAAACGCCCACUACAGUCUGUUUGUGAAUACCCAUGUUUAAGUCUUACAUUGGUUGUUUUUUGGUAAGAGAUUUGAGGAAUGACUGCUUAGCCAGUGAGCUACAGUGGAAUGUAUGAAUUGUAUCCAUUUACAGUUCAUGUUGUCUUGAUCGCUGCACUUUCUGCUCACCUUGGAUCAAGUUUGCCCUGUUUUUGUUUUCCUAAUCAUUCUGACUUUCACUGCAUCCUUAUGUGAGGCAGGGGACCAAGACAUUCACCACUUAAUAUGGCAUUCUCGUUCAACCAGACUGUGUGACUGGGUGGGGGUCUACUUGCUACCAGAAAGGAACUGAGAUAGCAUAGCAAUAAUACAAAUACAGCUACGCUGUAGGUACCUGUACUUUAGUUUUUAUAGUCCAAGAAAAGCAAAGAAAAAUCAAGAAAUCAAAUUAAUUUUAAAAAUCUUAAGAAAACAAUACUUAUCGUCUGCUCUAAAAUGUUGGAGCGUCCACUAUGGAACCUGAUUGACAGAUCUGACAUCAGCUCAAAUGAAACAAACCACACUGUGGGGCAAACCGAGCAGCUCGUUUUAACCAAACCAAUAUGUUCAGAUAAAAAGUCACAACCUACUCGUUCAUGUGGCAGAUGUGUCCUGCUGAGGUUUCUAACACAGUGUGAGAUGAACGGAGAGACGAUGCAGCAGUUAAAGCGGUACAUCAGUAAACUACCUGCUGAUCCCAGUUGUCACUGGGAAAACUUUGUUGAACCACCUGAUGCACCAAAUCAAUUCACCAAGCAUCCACUUCCUGAAACUCCGUUCUCAGAGGUUCUUGCGGCAUUCUGACCUCCAACAUGCAGCGCUGGCGAUUCACAAAAUUGAUCCACAGUGUCAUUCAUGUAUGUAAACAUACACUCCUAUAACUACUACAGUCUGAAAUAAUUUACCUUGCUUUUUCAAUCUACCAAGCAUAAAUCCAAUAUUCUGAGCAAAUGUGUUGCCAGAUCUGUGGUUUUCACAAAAUUAGUCAAUAUUCUUAUUAUUUCGCUGCAAUUUAAAUUAGUGAUGAAGACAGAUUAUUUAGCUAGUUGUCAGAUGCACACUGAAGUAGCAUGUUAGUCUGAUGCUAAUGAAUUGUUUUUGGUCUACAGUGGGGUUGGUCUGUAUUUUUCUUACCUUAAAACAGGAAUCCACUUUGUUAUGAAGCCCAAAAUUAAGACCAUCCCUAGUAAUCCUGAACCGUAAAUGGAUAGUCCAAGUUCAGAAUAGAAUACAACAUAGCUGUCAGUUUUUCUAACAUGUGUAGCAGGUUUUCAUGCAAAUCUCAGAAUUUGUUUUACUUGGGCUUUAAUCGACAUUUCUAGUAGGAUGUUACUUUUUCUUAACGUGGAGGAUGAAUAUUUAUUCUAUGAACAGUGCUGUUGAAAUGUUAAAUCUCAGGUUGAACUUUGACUAGUAAAAACCACUAUGGAUGGAAUAUUUGUUGUAUAAGCUCAGAUGAAUUGGCCAAAUGCUCUGAACUCUGCAUAAACACUCCAUAUGCCUCCAGACGUUUUCAGCAUUCCUUUCUAAGGAAAACAUUUUAAGGCGUUUUCCAGUCUUCUACAAACUUAACUGCUAAAGUAAUCCGUCUCUUUGGCUCUCCUUUCUAGCAGCUUGAACUCCCACCUCUUCUUUUUUUCUUCUUCUUUUUGAGGAUAAAAAAAAAACUGUGGUACACAUUUUAAACUCCAAUUCUGAUGUUAUUUGAUAUAUUUUGUGAUAUUCAUAUUAGAGGUCAACACAAACACGUCUUGACUUCUGUAAUUAUAAUUAAUGGUGCUGCAAGGGAUUUUUAUCAUGUGCCAUGACGGCAGUGAUCAUUAUUUCAGUCUCAUUUGAAGUUUUUAUUUAAAAUGAUUAUUUUAUUUAAGCUUCUCAUUAAUACAUCUACCCAUGUGUAUACUAUCAGCAAAUUCUUGUUUUUGCAUCAGCUCACUCCAGAUGUGCUUUGCCUUGUCUCUGUUUGACCUCAAAGCACUUUGAUUAUAAGAUUGGAGCAUUUUCUGUGUUUCAGUUUUCUUGAAUGGAAAGAUGAAGUUUGAGGUGUUCAGAAGUGGAGAAGGGCAUAGCAGAUAAUCAUGACCAAGUGUAGUUAAGUCUUUUCUUCUAAGAGCUGGUUCUCCCCCUGCUGGUCAUUUCAUGUAUGACACUCCAGACAUAUUCUCCAUUUUGAAUCAUAAGAAGUGAAGUUGAACUGGGAAUGCUGACACAACAUACUGCGUUGUUGAUUUUCUUAUUCUCUUAUUUGUAUAACAUCAACAAUGGACAUGUGCACCUCAUUGUCCAAAGAAAUCAUUAAACAUCCCUUUGCUACA